AUGGCGGUAGGAUCAUUAUGUGCCCUGUAUUUUGUUUGGGAGAAACCCAGUCUGGGCUAUCAAAUAACGGGAAUCAAAGACUCACAGGUGAGUGAAUUUGUAAUCUUAGUCUAAAAAGAUCUGUCUGUUUGUCUGUGUCUAUCUAGCUAUCUAUCUAUCCAUCCAUCCAUCCAUCCACCCACCAAUCCCUCACCCAUCCAUCCAUCUAUCUAUCUAUCUAUCUAUCUAUCUUUCUGUCUAUCUAUCUAACUGUCUGUCUAUUUGGAGAGACAUGAUAAUUAUUAUAUGGAACAACAAGCAAAGUAGAAAUGUAUCUUUGGGUUUGUAGCGAUGCUGUGUUAAACAAAACAUUAUAGCAUUUCAUCUAUGUUUUAUGGAUCAUUUUAUUAUUUUAUGUGAAUGGUAAUUGUACUGCAUAUCUACUCCCUGAGUUAAAACAAGUUCUCUUUUUAAUUUAUUUUUUUUAAUUUUUUUUACAGAAAAGCAGUGCUCAUCUUGUGGCUAAAAAUGGUAAGGAUUAUUUUAAAUACUUUGAAAUAUAUAUUGUAUUAAAGAUGUAUUUUUAAUAGCUCCCAACAGCAGACUGAAUGGAAGAAAACAAUACAUUUGUAAUGGCUAGCUUUAGUGCCCGGGUGUUAUUUCCUAUAAUAGCCUCUUAGCCUUUAGACAGGUUGAGUGCUGAGUGAUUUGUAGAUCACAAAUAUAUUGGAUGUGACAGUUUGCCAUCAAUGCACUAAACUGUAUUGGCAUUAUACUGCAAAAGAAAAACAUUCGGGAGAUAUUUGUCAGUGUACAUCCAGUCACCCCAAGUUUAUUCACCACAUAAAAGUAAUAUAUAUGAACAGUACUAUGCAAAAUAUAAUAAUAGCAAUAGGUGUAUAACAUCUCUCUUUCUUUCCUUACAGUUCUCUUACAAAACACAACCAUGGAAUGGAAUCCUAAAGGAGUUGGAGAUAUGUUAGUCGGAACCGGUUUUAAGGAAGCUCCUGAAGAGUUAAAGGUUACCAGAUCCGGCCUUUAUUACAUCUACUCCCAGAUGAAGUUGAGAUGUGUAGACAUAGAUGAAUGCAAAAAGACAGGAUCCGUGUCUGUCACUGUACUGAUAAAUGGAAAUAAGGAUGAACCUCUCCUGGAGCUCAAUAUCCAAAUCUCUGAAUCAUCCAAGAAUGUCAUCCCUACUUCUUUCUCCGGGCGUUUAAAAUAUCUGUCUAGUGGCGAUCGCCUGAGCUCCCAUCUCUGGACUGACCAGGAACACGAAGAUUGGCAUUUGGAUGCGAAGGAAAAUAACUUUCUAGGACUCUUCUGGGUCAGUGACAUAAGUGGUAUGGGACUCUCCCAUUGA